GGAGUAGGGAUCUGUACUAUUUCUAGUAUGAACCUUUUCAUGUGAAGCAGUUGAUGUUACUGCUCUUUGGGGGGCCCGGUGUGGCCGAGUGGUUAGGACGCUUGCCGCUCAUGCUGGGGGUCCCGGGUUCGCAUCCCAGCGAGGUCAAGGUCAACCUUGUGGAUUUUUCCGACUGGGUUCCCCCUUGUCAGGUGGGGGCUGACAUGGAAAAGCGUUCUAGUCCAUCGGAGACGACGAUAAACGGAGUCCCGUGCUCAUUCGAUAGAGCACGUUAAAGACACCUCGCCAGUUAAAAAUUGGUUGUAAGAGUAUGCCAUUAAUAAAACAGUAGAUCUGCUACGACAAGCUGUAGUUGCAUUAGAAGAAGCGAGCGUCACACCAAGAGAAACUGCAAGGAGACCUGCUGCCAAUGAUCCUGGAUCAUCUUGUGCCGAUGGUGAAAUCAGGAGACUAUUAACCAACACUUCUACUACUAGCACCCCUAUAACUAGGCCCAACGGUACAUCAUCUAGUGAAAUUCGCAGGCUUUUUACACCAUACAAUAGAUCAAACCCCAGACGAGUACCGGUAACUCAACAGAGACAGUCUAAGUGGUCGCAUAAAUUUUUAUGCUUGGCAGAUCCACAGCAGGAUUAUGUCCCAACCAAGGAUAUGAAAGUAAAUCUCUUUAUGGCUGGUUUAGGAGAAAAGAGGCUAGUAUUGGAUAAAUCUCUAGAUCCAGCUUAUUUCAAGGAGAGCGUCCUUGAACAUUAUCCAAAGUUAAAAGGAGGAGGGGGAUUUGAAUUACUCAGGACCUGCAACAGAACAUGCCUGGAAAUUAUUCCACCCCAAAGAUCAGGCUAUACAACUUCGUUUUUAGCUGACUCGUGUAGUCUUGGACAGUGUGUUAUUUUCAUCAGGCCUCUCCAGCAAGCUUUGAAUAUGGACAUCUCAGCAUAUGAAUCUGAGCCAACAGAUGAUUGUCCCAUUGAAAAGUGUCUUAUUUGUGAGAAAGACAUUCCCAUAAUACAACUGAAGUCCCAUAUUAAAGAAGAACAUGAGGGUGAUGAUGCACUGCCUGUUAUCAAAUCAAAGAAAACGAAGAUAAGACCCAUUUGUGAUUAUGUAUGUCAGAUAGAAAUGGACGGCUUGCCCAAUAUGUUUUGAAAUCUUUCGUGAAGAUUUAGUUGCCAGUCAUUCUGCUAGUUGUUGUGAUGAGACUACUCAUAUAAAUGAAAGUCAUCCUAUUAGUCUUCAUGAAGCUCUUGAAAAAUUUAAAGUGGAUGUGUUUGGGGAAAAGAAGGAGAAAAUAAAUAUAUCUGUUUUACGUAAUAAGUUUCUACAAACUGCUAUGGAAAAUCUAGAUGAUAUUGACUUCCAGCAGAUAAUAAACGUGAUAUUUAUCGGUGAAGAAGGUGUCGAUGCUGGGGGACUCACCAGAGAGUUUUUCUCUCUAUUGUUCAAACAAACACCAGUCUUUGAAAAUGGUGGAUUUAAUGUUAAUUCACAGUUACUGAGUGAUAAAAUAUAUCAAAUUAUUGGCAAAGCAGCGUCAUAUUCAGUUCUCAAUGGGAAUCAAGGACCUCAGUGUCUAAGAUCUCACCUUGUAAAGUAUAUAUUAAGUAAUGUGCUUCCAACAGAUGAAGAAAUUCCUGAGGAAAUUUUGCCAGCUAAUGUCUUGUAUGUCCUUCAAGAGAUGGGUAGAUUAGAUAAUGAAGGAUUAAAUACUCUAUUGACAGAAAAUGCAGAUGUAUUUGAAGCUGCAGGUUUUAGACAGAAGCUACAUUCAGGUUCAAAGCAAAGUGCAGCUCUGGCUCUUCAUCAACAUUUUGGAUUUUACAGAUUUCUACCGGCUAUGAUACAAUUUAUAGAUGGUUUGAAACUUCAUGGUGUGUAUGAUCUCUUGGUAAAAUAUCCAAAGGAAUCAUCCUUAUUUUUAAGUAUACAUGAAACAACAUACUCAGAUAUCAUAGAUAUGUAUCAACCAAGUUAUUCGUCAGAUCAAGAAGAAAAGAAUAUUGAGGAAAUUAUUGUUUACAAUUUACAUCAAUUUCUUAGAAAAUUGCAAAGAGGGAAGAUAACUUCAGAGUGGAUAAGCCUAAAUGAUAUAACAGAUGUAAACACACCUGUCAAACUGACUAUUAAAGAUUUUUUACAGGCAGUGACUGGAAGCUCUUCGAUAAGCAAUAAUAUAAAAAUUGGGCUGAUAUUGUUUGAUCACAAAAGUGAACUGUUAACGACUGUGAAUACAUGUGCCCCAUCAAUUACAUUUAGCCAAACCUCAUCCCUUAAAGAAUAUUCCUUCCUUGAGAAAUCUAUGAUAAAUAUAAUAGUAGGUGCAUAUGGAUUUGGCAUCAAUUAAAGGGACUGUUUCUUGUAGUGCAAAACCAUUGUUUCAUAUUUCACUAAUUUUAUCCAUAAGAUUCAAAAGCAAUCAAAGUCUUUCAUAAUUCCCUCCUUUAUUCUUUGCUGUCCAUAUUGUAUACUCUGAUAGAGCACGUGUUUAUGUUAUGUACUACAUUAUAUAAACAGGAGAAGAAACUUAUAUUGCAACUCGACAUAAACUACAAGAAAAAUAUAGCUGUAGUCUAUGUUAUUUAAACAGAAAUGACAAAUUUCUGCUGAAUCAGCUUCGUGAACCCCAAUAAUGCAAUAGAAAAAUAAUUUUCUUUUCAAAAUGUCUAUUUUAGCAAUCUACAAUGCUUUUAAACAUCAGAGUACAAUUGUUAUAAAUAUAUUUGAAAGAUUAGCUUCUCAGAUAUACACUAGAGCUAUAAUUAAACAUGUUUAAAUUUCUUCUGCUGUUAAUAUAUUCCUAUAAUAUCAUUGAUAUGUAAACCUGAUUGACAGGGUCAUUUUAUUGUUGUGUUUUUCAGAUCAUCCCCGGAGACGGGAAUAUGCAGGCCUUGUUUUUAAAAUCAUUUUUAAAAAAUAAAUUAUAAAGCUUUCAA